AAAUCAUCUCACAAGAAGAAGGAAUACUCUUUAUUAAAAGAAAGGAAUCAUGAAGACUCUACUCUCACUCUUCUGUCUGGUUACUUACCUGACCUGUGCUCUGAGUGCUAAUGGCUGGCCAGUCUCUCUUGACAUGGCUUGUGAUAAAGCUCUUUCUGCAGUUGCUUGCUCUUUUGAGUUUACCAACAAUGCAAAUGAGGAUCUUUAUCUACUGAAACGUAACACUCCUCUUGAAGGACUCUACUCUCAAUUUGUCUCUGUCUCUCUUGAUGGUCGUCCACUGGAAUAUGAAGGUAUCUACAUUUAUCGUCUCCCUCCUACAAAGGAUGAGUUUGCUCUCUUGAAGGCAGGUGAGAGUAUUUCUGCCUCAGUCCAAAUCACUGAUGCUUUUAGCAUUAAUACUGAUGGUCUUUACACUGUACAAUACAGUAGACCUUUACAGUAUCUGUCAGUGAAUGAGAUGAAUGCAAUGUUUAUUGAUCAGCUUAAGGACUCAUCUGCAUGUGAAUCAGUUCAUAUUUAUUUGGAAGGCACUGAUCUUUUCUCAAGGCCAAAGGAACAAAAAGUAGAACUUGAUUACACAGUCUACAUUGAAUCCUGUACUGCAGCUAAUUUUAAUGGUAGCAGGGACAACGAUAAUACACUGGAAGCCCACAAGAGGCUCUGUGCUGGAAUCGAUAAAGCUAAAGGUGGAGUUGGUAACAAUAAUCUAUAUGUCACAUGGUUUGGUGCAUACACAGCAGCAAGGGCUAACACUGUUAAAGACUUGUACGGUAAGAUGAGGACUGGACUAGGAAGCAAAACUGUCACUUAUUACAAUAAUGGUCCAAAGUGCAAGGACCACCCUAACGCAAUAGCAUACACAUAUAAAUCAUAUUCUCAAACAGUGGUGUAUCUCUGUGAUUAUUUCUACAAAGAGCCAAUAGCUUGCAAGGGUACUAGCUACACUAAGGAGCGCACACUGUUACACGAGUGGGCUCAUGCUUUUGCUGCUCGUGAUGAUGAAGGAUAUGGUCCUGAUAAAUGUAAGGGUUUUGCCAAGUCUGAUCCUGCCAAAGCAAUCAGGAAUGCUGACAAUUUCAGUUACCAUUAUUGUGAGAGUCAGUAAAAGUCUCAUCAGCCAAGAACUUUAGCACUCGUGGACAUGCACAGUUUAUUUUUGAUGCUUUAGGCAUCUUUUUGCUUAACUGUCAUAAUAAUUAUUACAUCUUUGAUUAAUUAGUUAUCUUGGCUUAUA